AUGGAAGCUGAUUCUUUGCAUCAGAAGCAUGUUUUAGCAGAUCUUGACCUCAAGAACAAAUCUCUAUAUGGAGACACACACAUACCCAUAUAUGAGUGUAUGCGUGUGUGUUCUUCGUGUGCUUCUACCAUUGUUUCAGAUUUGACUCAGGAUACUAUGAAUUCUUUUUCACAAGUACCUCCAGGGUUUCGAUUCCACCCAACUGAUGAAGAACUUGUUGAUUAUUACCUUAGGAGAAAGGUUACUUCAAGACUAGACUUCGACGUUAUUAAAGAUGUUGAUCUGUACAAAAUCGAGCCUUGGGAUCUUCAAGAGCUAUGUAGAAGAGGAACAGAAGAGCAAAAUGACUGGUACUUCUUUAGCCACAAAGACAAGAAAUAUCCAACUGGAACUCGCACAAAUAGGGCAACAGCAGCAGGAUUUUGGAAAGCAACAGGUAGGGACAAGGCCAUUUACUCAAAGCAUGAUCUAAUUGGGAUGAGGAAGACCUUGGUGUUUUAUAAAGGAAGAGCGCCAAAUGGUCAAAAAUCAGAUUAUAUUAUGCAUGAAUAUCGCCUUGAAACAGAUGAAAAUGGGACUCCACAGGAAGAAGGUUGGGCUAUCUGCAGAGUGUUCAAGAAGAAGAUUGCCAGCAUGCAUAAAGUCAGUGAGCAUGGCUCCCCAAUUUGGUAUGACGAUCAAGUUUCAUUCAUGCCGGAAAUUGACUCGCCGAAACAGCAGAAUCUGGAUUACCACUAUCCUUAUAAUUCCUGCAAGAAGGAGCUUGAUUUACAGUAUCAAAUGCCACCUGAUCAGCACUUUCUUCAUCAGCUUCCACAUCUCGAGAGCCCGAGAAUGGUGCAGCCACCGACCAGCAUGAGUUGGAGCUCAAUUUCUGCCUAUGGCGGCCUUCACAUAAACAAUUCAUCACACACUUUUCAGUCUUCAAUCCAAAGCCAUGAUCAGCACAACUUUCACUCGGUUUACAGAAACAAUACUAAUGAACAGCCUGCAGGAGAUCAAGUGACCGAUUGGCGCGUACUUGACAAGUUUGUCGCAUCCCAACUCAGCCACGAAGAGUUUGUUUCUAAGGAAAAUGACUAUUCCAAUGCAGCAGAUGCCGCCUUCCAUGGAGGCACAGAUGAAUCCAAUAUGAUGAUUCUUUGUGUUGCCCAUUGCCCAUCCGUGGAUAUUUGA